AGAUGGGUAGCUUCUUCUUCUUCUUCGUCUUCAUCUUGCUCGGAAUCGCAGCAGCGGAAAGCGGUUUCCCGGGAAUCCAACUGCCCGGCAUUCCGUCGUCGGAAAACCGCUCUGGGUUUUUCAUAUUCGGAGAUUCCUACGUGGAUGCCGGAAACAACAACUACAUCAAUACCACCGGUGACUUUCUGGCCAAUUACCCGCCCUACGGCGAAACCUUCUUCCCAACCCCAACCGGCCGGUUUUCCGACGGCCGUAUUAUUCCUGAUUUCUUAGCUGAGUAUGCAAACUUGCCUUUAAUUCAGCCAUAUUUGGACCCUACGAACAAUUUGUAUUUGAAUGGUGUGAACUUUGCAUCCGGUGGAGGUGGCGCUUUAGCUGGGAGUCAUAAAGGACAGGCCAUAGGGCUUCAAACCCAAAUGAAGUUCUUCAAAAGGGUGAAGAACUCACUAACAAAGAGGCUUGGGAAUGCAAGAACUCAAAGCUUCUUCUCCAACUCGGUUUUUUUGUUUAAUUUCGGGGGAAACGAUUACCUAAAUCCGUUCGAUAUAAGCUACGACAUAUUCAAAACCCUAGACGCUCAAGAACAGUUCGCGGAUAUGGUGAUCGGAAACAUAACGAUAGCACUUAAGGAAGUAUACAAGUGUGGAGGAAGGAAAUUUGGGUUUAUGACGGUGCCUCCUUUGGGUUAUACGCCGAGUUCGAGAUUGAAAAAAAAUGCCCAAUUUUUCGAUGAGUCGUCUUCGUUAGCAAGGGUGCACAACAAGUUGUUUCUCAUGGCCAUACAAAGACUCGCCACUCAACUCGAUGGGUUCAAAUAUGCUUUCGCUGAUACCCACACUUUGCUCCUUCAAAGAAUCCUAAACCCUACCAAAUAUGGUUUCAAGAUAGUCGACACAGCAUGUUGUGGGAGUGACGAGUUUCGAGGGUUUUUUAAUUGUGGAAGGAAGAAAGGAGCUUUACCAUAUACUCUUUGUGAGAAUGUUCAAGACUAUAUGUUCUUUGAUUCUUAUCAUCCAACUGAAAAGACUUUCGAGCAGCUUGCCAAGGAGAUGUGGAGUGGAGAUGCUGACAUUGUUAAGCCUUAUAACUUCAAACAACUCUUUCAAUAUGAUCCAUUCUUGGGCUCUCAAUGAGAGAGAUCAUGUUACUUAGGACGUUGAGCUCCAUGGUUAGAAUUAGACGUGUGGAGUUUGAGAUCGAGUAAUAUGUUUUAGCGUUUUUAAUAUCGUUGGUUAUGUAAACUCGGUUUCACCUAAUUGAUCGUGGUG